CUGCGGCAGUAGCCACGCCCCCAAUUUGGCCUCUCCGCUUGCCGCCGCCUGCUCGCUUCCAUUCAGUGAGUGGUAGGCGGUUGGAUGGAACGGGUGAAAAAAUUGCUGACUGCAGACUAUCGACUUUUGUGGCUUGGCAGCUCAAUGGAGUGUUGCAACGGCUGCAAGCAGUGCUAAUCCAGCCUCCAUCGCUCCUCGAGAUUCAACGCAGAUUCUUGGACUAUGGGGAACCAGCUGGCCCCAGUGCCCCCCUUCCGGCCCCAUCUCCAGGCUCUGCACGUGGUGGUGGUAGGACUGGACGCGGCCGGAAAGACAUCCCUGCUGUAUCGCCUGAAAUUCCAGGAGUUUGUCAAGAGUGCGCCAACCAAAGGCUUCAACAUGGAGAAGAUCCGGGUGCCGCUGGGUGGAUCUCGUGCCAUCACUUUCCAAGUCUGGGACGUGGGAGGCCAGGAGAAGCUGCGCCCGCUCUGGAAAUCCUACAUGCGGCACACCGAUGGGGUGGUUUUUGUAGUGGACUCGGCCGAGGCGGAGCGCCUGGAGGAGGCCCGGGUGGAGCUGCACCGGAUUGCCCGCUCCUCGGACAACCAAGGGGUCCCCGUGUUGGUGCUGGCCAACAAGCAAGACGUUGCCCAGGCGCUCUCGGUGACCGAGGUAGAGAAACUGCUUGGCUUACAUGAACUUUGCGCCUCGACUUUGAGCCACAUCCAGGGUUGCAGCGCUGUCAGCGGCCUGGGACUUCAGCCAGCCCUGGAGAAACUCUACGAAAUGAUCCUCAAGCGCAAGAAGGUCCUUCGCAACAGCAAGAGGAAGCGCUGAGGAGGGAAACUGGCAAUUUGAACACUUUGCACCUGGAUGCCGGUUUCUUACCACUCCAGGCAGUAUGUGGACCAACAUUGGACAUGCCUCAUUCAGACUCAGGGAUUUGGAUCCUUGAAAAAGUCACCUCACUUCAACCACAAACUUUAUAUCUUUUUUAAAAGUUGUCACAGUGGGCUCUUUUAUGAGCUCUUGUUUUUUUUUUGUAGAAAACAAACCUUAAAUUAUUAAAUACUCCGUAUUGCAACAUUG